AAGAAACACAACUGAACAGUUUUCUAAAACAAAUAUCUUAUUUCCAACAAAACAACAUUGCCAAAGUUUAUAUUAAUUUGGUCAAAACAAAGUGUCAAAAUUACCGCCAAAAGUCAGACGCAAUCCCAAAUUACACAACUCGCAGUAAACUUAAUUAUAACUGGCAAUGUAAUGUAAUUACAAUUGCAUAAUAAAAUAAAUUAAAACAAAAUGUUAAUAUUGGAACAUCGCGAAUUGCAUAAAAAGGAAGGUGUGAAUAUUUUUGAAUAAAUUAAAAGUGUAUCAAGGUGUUUGGACUUAAUACUUUUUAAAAAUGGAUGCUUUUAAAGGCGCGACCGUGUUGAUGCUUUUUGCUUUCUUCACAAGGUAUGCGUGCUGUGACGAGUAUUUUCGAAUGGGGGUGAACACAAAUUCAGCGGAAGCCCUACAGUUCCUUAGGGAAUAUGACAGGGAAGCGUCCGGAAUGUGUUACAGGGUUACCAUAUCCCAAUGGAAGUUCGUCACAAACAUAACGGAGUACAACCGCCGGCGGAUGCUCGAAGAGUUGGCUCUCAGCUCCAAGUUCGAGCGGCUGUCCUGGAGGAAGGCAGCUGCGUAUGAUGCGUCAAGACUACCUGAUCCUCAAGGCAGGAGACAACUCAUGAGAGUGGUGCAAGCUAGCAGAGCAGCCCUGCCAGACGACAAAUUCACAGAGAUCCAGCAACUCAUAACGGAAAUGAAGGAGAUAUACAACACAGCGAAGAUAUGUCCGUACGGCCAGAAGCCAUACGACCCGCAUAUUCCGAAGAUGCUGUCGAAUCAGGACUUCAUGACGAACCAGUACCAACUAGCGAGCAACCCUUACCAGCACUACCAACCGCACCAAGAGAACACGGAGUACCCGAACUACUGCGACAUGCAGUUAGACCCGGAGAUCUCCAGGAUUUUAGCUCAUUCCAGAAUUGAGAGCGAGUUGUUGUACGUGUGGAAAAGUUUUCGGGAACAAACUGGGCCAAAGCUGAAGAACCGAUUCAUGAGAUAUGUGCAGUUGGCGAAUCAGGCCGCGGUUGCUACAGGUUUCCGUGACGCCGGCGAUCAGAUGCGUACUGCCUACGACGACCCAUCGUUUAGGACCAGCGCGGAAGAGGUUUACAACCAGGUGGCGCCGCUGUACAAGCAGCUCUUCACGUACGUGCGCAGGCGGCUUGUGCAGAGGUACGGCGAGGCGAGCGUCCGCGGCGACGGGCCGAUACCAGCGCAUUUGCUUGGUAAUAUGUGGGCACAGAAUUGGAAGUCAAUAAUGGAUCUGGUGAUGCCAUUCCCGCAAGCGCCUAACGUUGACAUUACUGCUGAGAUGCUGCGCCAAGGAUUCACACCGUUGAGGAUGUUCCAAAUGGCUGAAGAGUUUUACACUUCAUUGGGACUGAAGCCGGUUCCUCCAGAGUUCUGGCGAGGAUCGAUGUUGGUGAGACCCCCACAGAGGAGCGUGCAGUGCACCGCGAGCGCGUGGGACUUUUGUAACCGGAUAGAUUACAGGAUAAAGCAGUGUACUGAAGUUACCAUGCAAGAUCUGAUUUCAACGCACCACGAGAUGGCUCACAUACAAUAUUACCUUCAGUACGCUGAGCAGCCACAGUUAUUCAGAGAUGGAGCAAACCCUGCUUUCCACGAAGCGGUAGCGAAUGCUGCCAGCCUAUCUGUUUACAACUUACAACAUUUGCAGAGGCUGGGUCUGUACCAGAAUAAAACCCAUGAUCCUUACGAAGUGAGCAUGAACUUCCUGAUGAGUAUGGCCUUGGAAAAAGUGGCUUACUUGCCCUUCGCUUUCAUGGUGGAUCAGUGGCGUUGGUCCGUGUUCGAGGAUGGAGUGGAGAAUAUGAAUAAUCGUUGGUGGCAAAUGAAACUUAGGUAUCAGGGUGUAAUACCACCGAUGCCAAGGACCGAAUCUGAUUUCGAUCCUGGCUCUAAAUACCACGUUAUUUCUGAUCAGGAAUACAUAAAAUACUUUCUGGCUACUAUUCUGGAGUUCCAAAUAUUCGAGCACCUGUGUUUGGCGUCGGGACACACAGGUCAUCUUCACGAAUGCGAUAUUUACAGGAGCCGAGACGCAGGGAGACUUCUCAGUGAAAUCAUGCAGCCGGGGGCAUCAAAACCAGCUUCGGAGAUAAUCAGAACUAUGACGAAAGGAAAGACUAAUAAAAUAUCACCGGAUUCGCUUGUCAGAUACUUUCGUCCGUUAGAACUAUGGUUGCGAGUGCAGAACCGCGACGAGCCUCUGAUUGGCUGGAGCUCCAACUACCAUGACGUGGCUCUGUUUGCGCCGCAGCGUGGCUCUGGCUCCAGUAAUACGGCUCGAGUCGGCAUCCUCGCGGCUCUGAUUUGUUUGACGUUGUAAUGAAUGACCAAUAAAGACCGUUCUAUGUUUCAGUUUUUUAUCUUUUAUGAACACAAUCCCUGUCCUGUGUUAUU